UUAAGAGUGACUAUAGGCUAUAAAUGUGUCUUCUACGUCAGGUUUUAAAAAUACAUGAUAUACAUUAUAUAAGUUUUAAACUUGAACUCAAACAUGGCAGGACUAAAGGGGAGAUAUAUAGCCAUUAUUUGUUUACUAUUCAUGUUUUUGAUUGGCUCUUUGUGGCACUAUGGUCAAAACUCGAAAAGAUACCUUGGUACAAAAAAUCAAGUCCCACAGGACAGUGCAAGAGAACAUACUGUAAAUAAGAAGGACAAGGCAGAAGAUGAAGCCAACAAUGCAGAUGAAGCCAGCCAUGUAAAAGAUGAAGCCGGCAAUGUAAAAGAUGAAGCCGGCAAUGUAAAAGAUGAAGCCGGCCAUGUAAAAGAUGAAGCCGGCCAUGUAAAAGAUGAAGCCGGCCAUACAGUUUCUUACAAACAACUGAAUAUUGAAAAACUUGAACCAGAGUUCCAUUUCAGGAAAAACUUCUACUUGGGCAAAACAAAAGAUGUAGAGAAUAAAGAUCACCUGUUGAAGUAUUUAUUAGGAAGGUAUGUCAACUGCUCAACAUAUUCCCGGCAAAUUCUGAUUGAUUUAGGAGCAAAAACAUUUGAAUCCAGUGUGGGGUGGUUUAUUGAAAAUUAUCCUUGUAAUUUCACAGAGAUCCAUGCAUUCGAGGUGCGAAAAAAUAUAUUCACCAUACCAGAAAAAGAAAAGGCAAGAGUGAAAUUAUACGAGUCAUUCAUAGGGACAGUUUCUUCCUCAAGUGAGACAGAUAUCGCUGACCUUAUUGUGAAUAUGUUGAAUGUGAAAUCAAGCGACUUCUUAGUUAUCAAAAUGGAUAUAGAGGGCGCUGAAUACAAGGUCAUUGACCACAUGCGGAGUAAAGGUUUAUGGCCCCUGAUUGAUGAAAUCUUUGUAGAGAUUCACUAUAAACAUCCAUACAUGGGAAGAUUUGGUUGGGAUAAGUUUAAAGAGUACACAAUAGAAGAUGCCACAAAUUUAUUCGUAGAACUGAGAAGCAAUGGUGUUUGUGCCCACCCCUGGCCAUGAUGGAAUGAGUGCUAAAAGGUUUGAAAAAAUUGGAAAAUACACAUUUUUCAAAAAAGCUGACUUUCAAAACAAUGUUGCUCUUUUAAUAUUCUAUUUUUACUAUAUGUCCUGGUUAUAGAAAGAAAACUGUCACCAAUGUGUUUUUAACGUUGGCAGUCAAUGAAC